AUGCAGUACGCGGGGGGUGGACUGGCAGGGGGUCCUGGCUCGAGACUUGUCGGCCUGCUCUUUUCAGACUACCUCGCCUGCCCUGCCUUUGCGGACCUGAUUCAGACGCUACUGAACACGUCCAUGGAUUUUUUUACCGGCUACCACGUGGGACCGUCGAUAGCGCCCAUGAAUGCGAUCUCGCAUUUGAUACUGUAUCGCGUGAUCGAGUGCUUUGUACUAGAGGGGCUGCUGAACAGUAGAGUCCCUCUCCUCCACGAUGCGGGGUUGGUUCACCUGGUGUUCCAGUACGUGCAGCAGUACCGCUUCGGCCGCUGCUGGGUUACACGGCUGCUGCGCUCGCUGGGGGGCAUGUUCCUCCCCUCCGGCCUGCAGCGGCUGCUCGGCAGCUGCCUAGCCGGAGUCACGGCGGUUCCGGCAAACGGCGAAAGUGACACGCUGAAGGCGCUGCCACUGGAAUACAGUGAAAGCCUGCAAUAUUAUCGUCAAAUGUACGAUCAGAAUGUGCCGUAUGCGGUGUUUGUAGGCGGGUUUGUCAGCGAGCUCACACACACAAUCACUGAGAACUUGCUGUGGUGCAAAACGUUCUACCGGGCGCGUGAGAAUAACACGUCGCGGUGGCGUCUGCUGAAGCCGUACCUCGCUAACCUUGCAAGAGACACUACACAAAUGAUAUUUGUGUACUCGGCGCGAGUGGCUGGGGCGUGGCUCGGACGCCGUGUGUCACGCGAGCCGACUGGCAGUUCCGUGUUUUGGGGUGAAAGCAUCGCCCUCCUUGCGCUUACCCCGGCCAUUUACCGGACGACGACGACUCUCGCCGUGCGGCUAUUUGAAAAGCUGGAGCAGCUGCACCCAUCCACGCCUGAGGAUGAGCAGGAGGACAUGCGCGAGCGGGAGGCAAGAAUGGAAGAGGAGGAGCAGGAGGCCGCGUUCAGACUUCCGUUCACGACCCCCAGCGAGAACGGGGCGCCGAAGGAGGACCUCUACAAGGUGUUGGGGGUGAAGGACACCGCAAGCGCGGAGGAGAUAAAGCGGGCCUAUAGGAAAGCUGCGCUGGCAUCCCACCCAGACCGGGCCGCCCACGACGCGGCAGCGCAGCAGGCCGCACGGGAGCGGAUGGCGAGUAUCAAUGAGGCCUACGAGACACUCUCGUGCAAGUCCCGGCGGGUGCGGUACGACAUGGGCCGUGUGGCGAGCGCAGGACAGGGGGUGGCGAAGUGCUUUGAAAACAUCCCACCUCCCGUGGAGCUGGGUGUCGAGGCUAUUGGUAUCCUUGGGUUGAGUCUGGCGGCGACGCUGCUGCUGUGCGGCCAGUACUUUGCUGCCUUUCACCAGUUGACUGGGUCGGGACGCACGCCGUUGCGGUUUCUCGGCCUCGUUUGA